ACGAAGAAGAAGAACGAGCGCUAAAGGAAGCAGAUGUUUCUGCUUCCGGUAGAUUCGGGUCUAAUUCAUGCAAAAAAUAAAUUUCUUAGCCAGCUCUCGCAAAGAGCUUCUUUUUUUUCUUAUAAGUAAUUAUUACAGAACAGUAGUUACGCCGGACAACGACUGGCUCUGAACAUUAUGGAUAUUUCCACGCCUCCAGAAGACCAAGAGCUUCGCAAUGUCAUCGACAAACUGGCCCAGUUUGUGGCCCGCAAUGGACCCGAGUUCGAAAAGAUGACCAUGGAGAAACAGAAGGAUAAUCCAAAAUUCUCCUUUCUCUUCGGAGGGGAAUAUUUUGGCUACUACAAGUACAAGCUUGCCAUUGAGCAGCAGCAGCAUCCAACCACUCAUGAUGAUGAAUAUAAAAUGGAAGUGCUUUGUAAGCCACCGGGUAAAGAAGCUCCUGAUGUUCCACCCCCGAUGACAAUGCUUCCUCCUCCUCCUAUCCCCCCCAGCACUCCUUCAGUGGAGGAGCUCAUUCAGCAGAGUCAGUGGAACCUACAGCAGCAGGAGCAGCACCUGCACAGCCUCCGACAGGAGCAGGUCAACGCAGCCAUCGUGCUUGCCAUGGAGCAGCAGAUGCAGAAACUUUUGGUGGAAACGCAGCAGGACAUGGCCGAGUUUGACAGCCUGCUUCAGCCGAUCAUCGACACAUGCACCAAGGAUGCCAUUUCUGCUGGAAAGAACUGGAUGUUCAACAACGCCAAGUCCCCACAACACUGUGAACUGAUGACUUCACACCUCCGCAACCGCAUCACAGCAGAUACAGCGCACUUCGAGCUCCGCCUACACCUCAUCUAUCUCAUAAAUGAUGUCCUGCAUCACUGUCAGAGGAAGAACCAGAGGGAUCUUUUGGCUGCCCUGCAGAAGGUUGUGGUGCCCAUCUACUGCACCAGCUUCCUGGCAGUGGAGGAAGACAAGCAGCAGAAAAUCACACGGUUGCUCCAGCUAUGGGAGAAGAAUGGUUACUUCGACGAGGUCACCAUCCAGCAGCUCCAGAGUCCGGCCCUGGGCUUGGGACAGUAUCAGGCGUCUCUGAUUACGGAGUAUGCUGCUGUUGUGCAGCCGGUGCAGUUGGCCUUUCAGCAGCAGAUCCAGGCGCUGAAGACUCAGCAUGAGGAGUUUGUGGGCAACCUGAAGCAGCAGCAGAGUGUCGCUGUGGCAGCCGCAGCAGCUGCUGUAGGCCAGUUAGCUCCAUCAGAGCCUGAGGGUAAAGGAGGGAACCAGCCCUCUAUGACUGCACAGCCAGAUGUGAAACCUCCAAUGACAGGCCCACCCCCGGGUGAUUAUGAUGGUUCUCAGACGAGACAGCCUGAUUCCAAUCCUCCUGCCUCCUCUGAUAUUCCCUCCUCAAAGCCUGGCUGGUUUGAUCCCCAGCAUGGAAUGCCAUCCUGGAACCCUCAGCAACCUCCACCGUUUGACCCCACUCAAGCUCCGCCUCCAUGCCCACCCUGGAACAGCCAUGAGGGGAUGUGGAAUGAGAGGGAGCCGAGCUGGAGUAGCCCUCGAGAUGGUGGCCCUGGGGGUCCAGGAGGCCCUUGGAGUAGCCAGAAUGAGCCUCCGCCCUCAUGGAGCGGACAGUUUGACCAGCCACCUUGGAGCAACCAGCCUGAUCAGCCACCCUGGAGCCAGAGAGAGCCGCCUUUCCGCAUGCAGCGGCCCCCACACUUCCGGGGGCCCUUCCCCCCACACCAGCAGCCACCUCCAUUCAACCAGCCACCUCCACCACACAACUUCAACCGCUUCCCACCACGCUUCAUGCAGGAUGACUUCCCACCCCGGCAUCACUUUGACCGGCCGCCGUUCCCACCACAUCGGUUUGAUUACCCACAGGGGGAAUUCCCUGGGGAAAUGGGUCCACCACACCACCACCCAAACCAGAGGAUUCCACCCCCAGGAAUGGGUGAACAUCCUCCGUGGGGUAGUAACCAGCACCCAGACUUUGGGCCCCCACCACACGGCUUUAAUGGCCAGUCACACCACAUGAGACGGCAGAAUCCCUCACAUGUGAACCAGGACGACCCCAGUCUGGUGCCCAACGUUCCCUACUUCGACCUGCCCGCAGGCCUCAUGGCCCCGCUAGUGAAACUGGAAGAUCAUGACUACAAGGCUCUGGACCCCAAAGACAUCCGCUUGCCUCCUCCCAUGCCUCCUAGUGACCGUCUGCUGGCUGCUGUGGAGGCUUUUUACAGUCCACCUUCCCAUGACAGACCCAGGAACAGUGAGGGCUGGGAGCAGAACGGCCUGUAUGAGUUCUUCAGAGCCAAGAUGAGAGCAAGGAGGAAAAAGGAACAAGAGAAACGCAACAGCACACGAGGCAGUCGCUCACGGAGCCGCUCCCGUAGUCGAGGCAGAUCAUCGUCGCACUCCAGCUCCCGCUCCUCCAAAUCGUCCCGCUCCAGGUCUUCCAGAUCCCGUUCACGAUCGCGCUCAUACUCCAGAUCCCGAUCCAGAAGCAGGAGCCGCUCCAGAUCAAGGUCCAGAAGCCGCUCUCGCUCCAGAUCACGCUCUAGAUCGCGCUCGCCUGACCGGCGACGACAAGCUGCAAAGUCGCGCAGCCCCACACCACCAUCCACCUCCGGCUUGGGCUCUGCACCCCCGACUCAGCCUGAUCUGAGGCUGGGCGAGGAGAACAAGGGCCAUCAGAUGCUCAUGAAGAUGGGAUGGAGUGGCUCUGGAGGGCUUGGAGCGAAAGAGCAAGGCAUUCAGGAUCCUAUUAAAGGAGGUGACGUGCGGGACAAGUGGGAUCAGUACAAAGGUGUUGGAAUUCCCCUGGAUGACCCAUAUGUCAACUAUAGAAGAAACAAAAGCUACAACUUUGUUGCACGGAUGAAAGCUAGAGAGAAAGUGAGUCGGGACACGCAGGAAGCGUCAACUACAGAAUGAUUCUCCAUAACACUUUUUUAAGAUAUGAAAAAGUCACUCUCUUUGAUGUUGCCCUUUUGUUUGAAAAAUUGAACUGGCCCUUUGGCUGUUUUCAUUGUAACAAAUCAAAAUUUCAUGUUGUAGUUUGAACAUCAGUGUCAUUGCAGUCCAAUGGAUUUAGCUUAGAUUUAAUACCCAGCACAAGUAAAUAAAGCUGUUUUAAUCAUG